UAUCUAUGUUUAGCUUUCUACCCCCUUAAAUACCUAAAAUCUAUAGUUGAUGGACAUCUCAAUUCUCACUCAACUUUCACACUCCAAACUUCAAAUAUGCCUUCAUUCAUAAAUGUUCAAGAUUCAAAUGAAUCUGACUUCCCUAUUUCCUUGAAAGAAUCAACAAAUACACAUAAAAAAUCUGACAUUUUAACAAUUCCUCUGCCUAUGCCACCAUCAAAGAAGUUCUUGAGCAACAGCCUUCCAAACUCAACAACUUCAUCACCUAGAUUUGCAUCAAAGAAAAAGUCCAAAAAUCAACCUUCUCCUCUCUCCAACAACCCUUUGGCUAGGCAACAUUCUGUGGCACUGGCGAACCUCGAACGGUUGAAAGAAGAUCACUUAAGGAGGAGCAAGUCAUGUGGUGAAGGAAGAUCAAGCGCGCCACCGGAUAAACAUGUUGUUGGAUUAAUCACAAAGGUAAUGAAUAGUAGUAGUAGUAGUGUUAAACAUGUUGAAGAAAGCAAAGUAGAUGAUAAAGCAGAAUCUAUUGAUCAAAAGUUCAAAUGUGGUGCUAUGUGUUUGUUUAUACCUGGUUUAGGAAAAGCAAAACAAGUGAGAGCCAGGAGGGUAGAAAUAGAAACUGAAAUAGUACAUGAUGUUGGACACAAUGUUUCAAGAAAAGUGUCAUUGGAGAAAUUUGAAUGUGGAUCAUGGACAUCAUCAGCUAUAAUCAAUGAUGAAGAAAGUGAAAAUGAUGAUUCCAAUCUCUUCUUUGAUCUACCAAUUGAGCUAAUCCAAUGUAGCGAUGAUAAGGACAUGACUUGUUCACCAGUAACAACUGGAUUUGUUUUUGACAAGGAACCAAAAGGGGUCCUAAAGAACACCACCACAACAAAAACUAGUGAGUCCACAAUGCGCCAUGUUCGCUUUUCUACCUCAGACCCUGACGCUGGCUCGCCUACGUCCUGCAUGACUCCUCGCAUGCGCAAGGCAAGGGAAGAUUUCAAUGCACUCCUAGAAGCCCAAUGUGCAUGACCCGAGCCGGAUCCAAGUCCAACCACAGGUUUUGGGUUCGACAUUAAUGAUUUAAGCUCGAACCCUACAUAUAUAUACUCCUUCUGUUUCAAUUUAUUUGUCUUACUUUUCUUUUUAGUCCGUUUUAAAAAGAAUGUCUCUUUCUUUGGCAACUCCUAACUUUCCACAUGACAAGUUUAAGACCACAUUCAAA